AUGGAGAGGUAUGCUCAUGUCUUCGUCCUUCCCUUAUUCCUCUUCUUGUGUUGUUUCUCUUUCUUCUUUGUUUAUGGUUUGGCUGCCAAUUCGUCUCAACUAGUCCCAAUACAGAGGGAGAUCAUGACUAAUCUCUCUAAGAGCCUCCCAACGUCUCGAAUUAAUAAGUUGUGGAACACCAUGAAGGACCCUUGCCGUUGGGUUGGGGUGACCUGCUCCCCUCCGCCCUCCUCCGUUGUGACCGCUCUCUCCUUGUCCGGCUUCGGCCUCUCCACCGCCAACUCCUCCUUGGUCGCCCGCUUCUUUGACCUCCUCUGCCGCCUACACGACCUCAAGUCCCUCGACCUCUCUCAGAACUCUCUCACCACCAUCAUCCCCAGCUCCUCCUUCUCCUCCAACUGCCGCGGGCUCUCCGGAUUGGAGUCCCUCAACCUCAGCAACAAUGGUUUGACCGGUCCUCUGCCUAGUUUCUCGGGUUUUGGGGCUUUGCAGUCCUUGGAUUUAUCUUAUAAUUCCUUAUACGGAGCCUUGGAUUCCGGGCUGGAAAAGCUCACCAGAUUGAAACUUCUGAAUCUUUCCGGCAAUUUCUUCAACGCUACAAUCCCAGCUCGAGUUGGUGGUGCAACAGGUCCGAGCUUGGAGGUUCUGGUGCUCUCCGCCAAUCGUUUUCACGGCGAAAUCCCCGAACGGAUUUUUGACUAUGAGAACCUCACGUUGCUGGAUCUCAGUCAAAAUAUGCUAACUGGGUCUCUUCCGGAUGGGAUCGAGAGGCUUUCCAAGUUGGAAGUUCUCCUCCUUUCUUCCAAUAACCUCGCUGGGAUAAUCCCGACUAGUUUGGCAACGAUCAAGACCCUGUCUCGAUUCACUGCCAACGAGAACCAUUUCAGUGGCUCGAUUCCUCGUGGAAUUACUACUCAAGCGAGUGUUUUGGACCUCAGCUACAAUAGUCUCACCGGGGAGAUCCCAUCAGACCUCCUCUCGCCGCCGAAUUUAGAGUUUGUGGAUCUGUCCAGCAAUCUCCUCGAAGGACCCAUACCUGGGAAUUUGUCACAAAGCAGGCUCUUCCGUCUGCGACUUGGCGGUAACAAACUUAAUGGAAGCAUUCCAUCAACAAUUGGUGAGCUUUCGAAUUUGACAUAUCUAGAGUUGAAUGGCAAUGUAUUGGGUGGAGAGAUUCCAUCUGGGCUGGGGAAUUGUACAAAACUGAUGCUGUUGGACCUAUCUUCCAAUCAGUUGCAAGGGAAUUUGACAAAGGAAUUGGGUUACCAUGAACAAUUAGUGGUCUUGAAGCUUCAAAACAACAAUCUUACUGGAGAAAUACCUGAUGAACUCUUGAAGUUUCGGAAUUUGAGCACUCUUGAUCUCAGCCAGAACUUGCUCACUGGUGAGAUACCUCCAGCAAUUUCCAACUUAAACAAGAUUUCAGUUCUGAAUUUACAAAGCAACAGAUUCUAUGGUUCAAUACCUGUUAGCAUCAGUAGCUUCGAAUAUCUGAUGGAACUGCAGUUGGCAAACAACAAACUGAGAGGAACAGUUCCGAGAAUGCCAAAAAGCUUGAGAAUAGCUCUGAAUCUCAGUAGCAACCUCUUCAGUGGACUCAUACCUUCCUAUCUCGGUGAUUUAUCUCAGUUGGAAAUUCUCGACCUCUCAAACAAUCAUUUUAGUGGUGAAAUUCCAACCUCUCUUACUACAAUUCAAAGCCUGAUAGAAUUGGAUCUCUCUGAUAAUCAGCUUUCUGGAGUGCUUCCAAAAUUUCGUUCAUUUGUCAAUGUCAUAGCCACUGGAAAUAAGGAUCUGAUCAUCAUCUCAAAUUCAAGCACUGAACCUUUGAAAAAAGCUUCAAGUAACACUGAAACUAUGAUAAAAAUUUCUGACAUCCUUGUUAUGAUUGUGGCUUUUGUUGGAGGCUUCAUUUUUUCAGUCUCAGCGGGUGCAGUUAUCCAAAAGUGCUUGAAUCAGGGGAAAAGCAACCGCCAAAAUGCAAGGAGAGAUGGUUUCCACUCCAAUAGACUUUUCCCCGAAAACUCCAUUGAGAGAUUGAGAAGGUUCCAGCACUGGCAAUACGCCAGAAGCCUCAGUUAA